AUGAACCGACUUUUUCAUCUAGCUGAUAGUGAAGAUGAAGUUCCAUUGGUUCGUGCUGCUGCUGUUCAACAACUUGUUCCUCUUGCAAAACAUUUUGGUCCAGAAUUAAAAUCAGAACUAGGUCUACUUCUUGCAAGUUUAGUUUCUGAUAAUCAACGUGUUGUUCGAGCAGCUUGUUUACAACCGUUAGUAGAAUUAGGACGAAUGAUUACUGAUUCAGCAGAGUUCGAAUCCACUGUUCGACCAUGUAUUGAUAAACUUGCUGGAGAUCCUAGCAGAGAUGUUAGACGAGCAAUGGCAUCCGUGAUCACUAAUCUUCAAACAUUAGUUUGUAAUCAUAGUGGUGCUAAUCGUUCACUGCAUCAAAUUAUGUUAAAUCUUCUUGAAGAUAAUGAAGUGGAGACGCGUAGAAUCAGUGCUGGUCAAUUGAAAGGUAAUAUAUUGUGA